GUUUGUUGCUGAAGAAAUUAAUUGAUUUUUAUAUAUUCUGUGUAUAUUGUUCCUACUAUCUUUUUACCAAUCCCUUAUCAUUAUAUUAUUACAAAAAAUAAUGUGAGCUAACCUCUAAAGCUAGCUAUAUAGCAAUAGAUAACAAGUAAUUGUGUAUUGUGUAGCUAACUAUAAGCUGUUGCACAAUUUUAAUUUUUAGAUAGAUAGAUAGAUAGAUGCUUUUUAACUGGAUUUCUUCGAUCGUUGCAGCCUGUUCUCUAUAUUAUCUAUAUAUGCACAUGUCCAUUGUUUUAGACGCAAAAUCAAAACAACUGCGUCACGCUGCAACUCGUCUAUACUUACACAUAACUAAUGCCUUAUUCCCAAUUCCCUUAUUGAGCUUGUUGCCUUCAAAAUAUUAAAGUUUAUCCUUUUUUGACAUCUCCUAGUAGUCCCCUUCAAAGGAUAUUUCUUGUCGCCUUUUCGUGAUAGAAUUAAUUUUGAAAAAAAAGAAAAAAGAGCAUUUUGUUUUAUCUAGCUAUCAUCUCUUAUAAUAAUAUGAAGAGUGUGUCUAUUUUUCUUUGAUGUUGCCAAAAAAAAUUAUGUCUUAAAUGUUAAAUUUUUUGACGUUACGACACAACUAAUAACAUUAAUGUAAUGUCAAUAUCUUAAUUUGCAGGAACGAAGCCAUUACAAUGCACUUAAAAUUUUGAGGCAGGAUAACUUGGAAACGGGGUGAUGACAUCAGUCAUUUUUCUCUGUGUGAGUAACUAGGGACACCCUGGAGCUAAAGUGGGUAGGUUUUUCGAAACUGGGUCCUUGAAUUAGUUUCGGAUUGGAUGGAUUGAUGACGUAAUUAAAAAACCUUUAAACCUUAUUUCUCUGCAAUUGUUUGUCAAAGUACAUGAUCCUAUACAUUUUCUUGUAUUUUAUUUGGCCCUUGGAUGUCAACAAAAAUUUUAAACCCUUAUAUCUUCUUAGGCGUUAAUCAAAAGCACAUGAUUCUAUACAUUAUUUUGAUCAGCGUUUCAAGCCCUACACAAUAAUCCGAAAAAAUAAAAUCAGUAAAACAUAUAUAUAAAACAACUUAUCCGUAGAAGGACAAUGGAAAACCAUUGUCCUUCUACCUAAGUUGGUUUUUCCAUGGGUCUUAUCGACUAAGUAUAAUAAUAAUAUGAAAAUUGUGUCUAUGUAUAUGCCUAUAAUGGGCAAAGUAGAUGUGUUUCCUUUAAAGUUGGCAAAAAUGCAUUCAUUUUUAAAAAGAGUUUUAGCACAUUGGUUUGUCUUUGUUGACGUCAGCAAAAUUUAUAAAUCUUGUGUCUCCUUAAUUGUACGUUGAAAGUACAUGAUCCUACACAUUUUUUCAGUAAAAGUAGCUAAGAUCAUUUCAACACCAUCUAUAUGCUGAAUGUCAAUCAAGUUAUUAGAUCUAUCUUUGUAAAUUAAAAAAUUCCCUGGAAUAACAGAUUUUAGAAGGUAGAAAAUUGAGAACAAUUUAAGAACAUUUUGAGGUUUCAAAUUAGAACAAUUGCAGAAAGAAUUACCAUUUCAUAAGAAUAUUUAAUAACUACAUUACGUUUUCAAAACAAAAUAGAGAAUAUGUGGUGGAAUAACACAUUUUGUUGCUAUUUGUAAAAACUUAACUCCUGUUUUCUAGUAGUUUUCAUGUCAUAAACAUCUAUGAAGAAUAUUUAAUAAUUGUGCCGCCUGAAAUACAGAUGAAGUUUUAAUAAUUAUAUAAUGUUCAGGUUUAUCACGUUUUCAGUUACAAUUAUUCUACUUUGAAAAUAUCUGUAAAAAAAUAUGUCCUUGUAACAAAAUGCCCUUGGUGAUAUUUUCUAGCUUAAUGCAAGUAUGGUUUUUAAAGCAUGUAUCAUGGAGCUGUUUUCUAGUUUCAUGUAUAUACCGUGAAUUUCUAUACUUUGAUGUCAUAUGUUUUAGAGCAAAUCCAACAAUGUCAUAAUGAGAUUGAUUGGAAUUAUUAUUUAUUAUUACUAAAAUUAUGUAAUGUCUAGUUUGAAACAGGCACAACUUCUUAAUUUUUUGGUUGACUGACACUUAAGUUUACCUGUAACAUUUAUACAGUUUAUAGCAUAUAAUUUAUGGUAUGAUGUUUAUUUAUUAAUAUAAUAACUUUUGGAAGAGACAGUAACAAAAGUUUUCAAGUCGGUCUAAAAUUUUAAGGCAUUUCAAAUUAUCUCCAAAAUAUCAAGGUCUUCCAAUUUAUCUCCAAAAUAUUAAGGUCUUCCAUUUUAUCUAAAAAAUAUCAAAGUAUUCCAAUUUAUCUCCAAACUUUCAAGGUAUUCCAAUUUAUCUCCAAAAUUUCAAGGUAUUCCAAUUUAUCUCCGAAUUAUCAAGGUCUUCCAUUUUAGCUCCAAAAUUUCCAUAUAUUCCAAUUUAUCUCCAAAAUAUUAAAGUAUUCCAAUUUAUUUUCAAAAUAUCAAGGUAUUCUAAUUAAAAACACACAAAAACACUUUAAAUGCCAAUACCGACAGUGAUUCUUCGAUGUAGGUAUGUGAGUCAUUGUAGAAAAAAUCUAUGUUCCUAUGAUUUCCUACUGCACUCUGUAUACGCCCACUGUACUUCAUUUGUUACGUUAUUGUAUUAGUAUUAACUUAACUUUUUACCCGGCGAGAGAAAAUUUUUAAGGGGGCAAAAAUAACUAUGUGAUAAGAGUGGCUUUUCAUAUAUUUGGGAGUUUUACCUGUCCGUUCAUUUAUUUAUAGACAUUCAUUUAAGCUUUUACAGUAUUCAUUGGCAUUUAAUGUUUUUUUUUAAUGUUUUGAUUUAUUGACUGAUUGGUUGAUUAAGCAGUCAUGGUGCAAAUAUAUUUAUGUGGUCCUGGUGGUGCAGGAAAAACAACAUUAAUGAAACAAUUUUGUGCAGAAAAACCUUUUGACACAUACACUCAGCUAAAAGAAGUUGCCAGGACGCUAAUGAAGCAAGAAAAUAUUCAAAAAAGUGACCUAGAGAGAUACAACUUACAAGAGUUUUUCAACUUUCAAAAUCUUAUUCUUAAAAGACAAUUCUAUGAAGAAGAGAAAAUGUCGGGGGGAAAUUUUGUCAGUGAUCGAAGCGUCAUGGAUUGCCUUGCUUAUCUGUAUUGGAAGAUGGAAAAAGAUGAACAAUAUGAACUAAGGAUCGAGACACUACUGCAAGAUAACAAAGCUCUUAUCGAGUUAGCAAAUGAAGCGAUUCAAAGAUAUCAACAUUCACUAAUUGUGGUUGUGCAACCCUGGGAAUGCUCUUCUCCAAAAGAAGACGGGACUAGACUAUCAAUGUCGUAUACAGAAUCCAAACGCUUUGUGGAAAUACUUCACAUCUUGCUGAAGCAGUAUCAUAUCGGUUACAUCGACCUUGAUAUCAGCGAGCUUAACGAAAGAGUGAAAGUUUUGAAGGAAGCGGUAAGUGGAAAGAUUUACAAAAACACUUGCUCGCUUUUCUACUAUGCACAACUAUCGAAGAAAAAUAAGAAAUACAAAAAGAGAGAUGAUGGCCAGCAACAAUUUAAUGACACAUCAAUUGCAUUUUACUUGGAUGCUAAAAAUCGUGAGGAUUCCUUUAUUCGGACUGUAAAGAUUUCCGAGGAUCAAAUGACACAGCACCUAUCGAAGAUUAAGGAGCAAUCUUCAAGGUUUGUUCAAAAGUAUGGCACUGAAAACUUAUUUUCCUUACAGUUUGACAUGAAAGUGCGAUCUGUUGAUGUACAGAUGAUGUUGCUCGGGAAAAUCUUCAUCAACGGACACGAGUACAGUUUCUUAGGCUGCAGCAGCUCCGGUUUAAAAUCUCGUAAGGCCUUCUUGUGGAAGGGUACUCGUGAGAACGCGGAGGAGAUACUACGUGAGUGCGGAAGGUUUGAUAAAAUAUCUUCGAAAUCAAAACGGUUGGCUCGUGUUGGUCUGCUUUUUAGCUCUGUUUUUACUACGGACAUAAGUGCUGACGUUAUAGAAGUUGACGAUAUCACAACACCCGAUAAGAAAUAUAAUUUCACUGAUGGUUGUGGAGGCUUAAGUCGUGACUUGGCUAAGGAAGUUUAUUCGAGGAUUCCGGACAAAGAAACUGUCAACGAACCAGCCAAUUACCUUCCCUCCGUUUAUCAGUUUAGAUUGCAGGGAAUAAAAGGUGUAGUCGCGCUGGAUAGAACAUUACGAAGAAAACAAUUAAAGAUUAGGCCGUCCAUGGUGAAAUUUGAGAGCGAUGCGUUUCCUUAUGUCUCCGUUUGUGAUUUUAGUAGACCUUACUCGUUUGGUUAUCUGAACAGGCAGUUAAUUUAUCUUUUGUCGGGACUUGGGGUAAAGGACGAGAAGUUCUUAGCCAUACAAGAAGAAUAUUUUGAAAUGAUACGGAAUGUGCAUACAAAUGCUGACUCAGCAAUAACAUUUCUACGGUGGAACAACAAGUACAUCGAAGCUGAACGAAUCGCUCAUGCGCAUAAAGACGAUAAGUCUUUUAAUUCGCAUUCAUCAAAAACAAGAUCUCUUUUAGAUUCCAUGGUGCGAAGUCUUAUUCAAAAAGACGAAAAGCGUAAAAUUGGAGGUGUUAUGAAAGAAAAACUACGAGUGUUAGUAAAAAAAUCCAGAAUGGUAUACGGUGUCUGUGAUCAAACUGGACAGCUAAAGUACGGUCAGUGUUACGUGAGAAUUACCAUAGACGACAUGGCCAAGACUAUACGAGGGAAAAUCGUAUCAGGCAGAAUGCCGUGUUAUUUGCUGGGUGACAUCAGAGUAUUAGAAGCCGUGGACAUACCAGAACUUCAACAUCUCGUUGACUGUGUUGUGUUCCCAACUCAAGGAACGAGACCACAUGCUGAUGAGCAGGCUGGUGGUGAUUUAGAUGGAGACAAGUUCUUCGUAUGUUGGGAUGAAAGAUUAAUACCUGCGAGGACAGCUCGUAGCCAUGACUACAUAGGUGCACCAAAUAAAAAAGAGGGACAUGUCACAUACGAGAAACUUAUUAAGUACUUUUCAAUCCAAAACGAAGCUAUGAAAGUUACUAGUCUGUUGGCUAAUCUGUAUGAUUACUGGGUGGAUUUAAAAGGAGCAGGAAGUGAGGAAUGUGAACGAAUCGGCGUGUUAUUUGGACGCGCUAUCGAUGCAACAAAAAGCGGAGAGGUUAUAUGCAUUCCCGAUUGGUUGAAUCAGAAGGUUGCGCAACAUUUAAACACAUUCGUUUGGCAUCGAAUGGUGAAGGCAGCUGUUGAAUUUAAACGUAGCAUCGGAGAUAAAACCAUCUCGCAAGCUGUGAAUGGAACACUCUCUAUUAAUGACUUGUCGGAAGAAUUCCUCUGUGAUAUCCUCUCCCAAGACUUUUGUAACCAAUCGGAAUUUCAAAAAUUCCACUUGGUUUGGUUGUAUGCAAAAUCAAGAUACAACUGGCAAGAGGCGCUUGGAUAUAUCAAGAAUAAAUUCUCGCAUCUCCUGAAUUUUUCAUUGUUUACUGCCGCGGAAAAACAAGCAGCGAUCGAAAUGGGUAUGUCCAUAAACGACGUUUGCAAUGCUUUGUUCCAAGCGCAAGUGUUUCCUUUAGAGGAUUUGAAUCAUUUCCAUAUGUUGGGAAACUCCUCCAAAUGGGGUUUGUAUUACAAAAGCACGCAUGCCAAUUUCGAGCUUCAAAUGCUUCAUCGAGCUCUUACAAAAAACAACUCCGUCUUGAUCACGUGGAAAAUGCCGAAUGACGUAUAUAUUGGUUUACACUUUGAUACGCAACUUCAAGUAGGUAACGAGCUCGUGGUGAAAGCUGACGAAAUAAAAUUUUACUUCAUAUCGAAGAAGUUCGCAUUAAGGAAACAACAUCAACCAAAGAUGGAUUACUACUACGAUCUUGUAGAGGAUAGGUUUCAAGUUUAUAGAAAUCGUGAUAAACGGCAAACGUUUUUAUGGCUCAGAAGUAGCCCACUUAACCAAAAGGUGAAGAAUGACAUUGCACAUAUCGAUUUUUAUGAUCAAGAUCAAAUAAUUGAUUGUUUGAGCAUGGACCUAGCGACGUUUGACAUUCGUGGAAGAAGAGAUGAUCCUCGAAGUCAUCCUCUGAUCAAUAAAGCUCCUUUUCUCGAGGUUGAAGUGUUUGCAAUAAAAAACAACCAACCGGCAUAUUUCGACUUGUACGAUGCAAAUACACUUGCUGACAUUCUUGAUGAGGAAAGUAUAGGUGAAGGCGAAGAAGAAGAUGAAGAAGAAGAAGAAAGAUAUGUCAAUGAAAUCUUGUUAGAACUUCUUCAUAAAACAAGUAAGAAAGGAGAAAUAUCCGUGCCUGAACUAAAAAUUCAUCUUGAAAAUAUGGUAGCAGGUUGUGUACCGUAUCUAACUGAACCUUCAACAGAAGUAAAUGAAAAACUUACCGAUUUGGUGAUCUCUGCAGAUUUUUCCGAAGCUGGAUUAGAAGACCUCGUUAACAUUAUGGUAAGUUUGAGCAGACUUCAGCAACAUUCCCUUGCUCAGAUCAUGUCUGAACAACUUAAUCAACCAGAUGUAUCAGUUGAAGAGUUACUCGCUGCUUUAGUCCAGUGGAGUGUUUGCUGGUAUGUUCAACCAGGCACGCUCAUUACACUGUUUGGGAAUAUCAAGGAAAAGCUUUUACAGAACGAUACACCACCCCGCGUAAAACAUGUUGUUGCAAAUAUUUGGAUUUGUUUUGUUGAACUUUUAAAUGACAUCACACUCUGCAAAGAGGAUAUAUUGAAAGGUGCCAUUGGUGGAUUAAAAGUUGACCAACAAGGUGAUUCCAACGUAAAGAAUGACGGGAUAAAUGCUGGUUUUGAUGCGACUGUUGAAAAUGCAAAAAACGAAUCGAGGAGCUUUGAGGAAGAAAUGGACACAAAUAACAAUAGCGACAAAGACAACAUAUUUAAAGAAGAAAAUGAGAAUGAUAAGGGCAACCAAAGCAGAAACACAACAUUUAGUAUUACCCUGCAACGCACAUCUCCCUUCUCAAACUUGUCAUAUUGUCCUUCAAAAGGGGACUAUGUGGUAUUGAUGCGUAAAAAGGACUGGAACGAGUGUAAAGGCGUAAAAGCUAUAGUUUGUAUAGCAUGCGUUGCUAAUGUUACUCUAGUUCCGUUCAGCAUCAAGCUUAAUCUAUUGGAUGAGCAAGCCCCGAAGCUUAUUUUAGAGGAAGUGAAAGGAAGGUCGAGUCGUUGGAUGAUAAACACGCUUCAAAAUGCAAACGUUACAUUGUAUACAAGAGUUUUAAAAGCAUCGAAAAGACUGCUAGAUGAUAUGCCACUGGAAGAAAAAUUAUUAGAAGCCAUUUAUUCUGGUGUUGUGAUUACCCAACCAUGUCCGCCCAAUGCAUUUAUGACUGACAUUAAAGGCUGUAAUCAAAGCCAGCAAGAUGGCAUCAAAGCUGCGAUCAACAACACGUUAACGUUAAUACAAGGACCACCAGGUACUGGCAAAACAAAGGUGGCAUGUUUAAUUUUAAGAGAGGUGUCAACGCGUAAAAAAUAUGGCGUACUAGCUGUUGCUGAGACAAACAUAGCGGUUGAUAAUAUGUGCAAACAGUUGCUUAAUAUGAACGUCAACAUCGUUCGGAUUGGUAAUAUGAAAGGUAUAUCUAGCGAGCUGUAUGAGCACACAUUGGAGGGACAACUCGCUGUGCUUGAAGAUAAAGAAGCCGAAGUGAUUCAUUGCAGAAAUAAAGAUGGAGAUCUAUACCGCAAGAAAAAGUUCGUGAAAAUGAUUUUAGAACAAGCUAACGUCGUCUUGACGACAUGCGCCGGUGCCGGCGAUACGUCGUUAUCUGGUCAACAAUUUCAAUUUGUUUUGGUAGACGAAGCGACACAAACAAAAGAAGCCACUUUGCUUUGCGCGUUGUCUCAUGGAGCGAAGCAGUUGGUUAUGAUAGGUGAUUCGAACCAACUGGGACCCUUAGUGCAUCUGGAAAAAGACUGGAGUUGGUUGAGUGAUCAGGAGCACAGAGAAGUUACUGAGACGUUAGAGAACACUUUGUUUGAUAGAUUGCAAAUUACAUCGGUCCCGGUUCAUUUUUUGAAUAUGCAGUACCGAAUGCAUCCAAGCAUAGCUGAAUAUCCUUCUAAAACAUUUUACGAUACCAAAUUGAAAUCUGGAGUAUCUGAAAAAGAUCGCUUGCCACCAUGGCAAUUUACACGGGAGCCGAUGAUUUUCAUCGACGUCAAAGGAGUGGAAAAAUCGCGCGGCACUUCGUUUUACAACGAAGAAGAAGCAGAACAAGUGAGACAUAUAGUGACUUAUUUAACCUGCGACAACAAUGUGAGGAACAAACACAUAGCUGUGUUGUCUUUGUACAAAGGACAAGUUUUACGUUUAAGACAAAGUCUUGAUCUAGUUGAAGUCAACAGUAUCGAUGGUUUCCAAGGGAGAGAAGCAGAAGUCAUUAUAGUAUCAACAGUACGAUGUAACAGACAAUUAGGUUUUUCUGACGACAAGAAGCGAUUAAAUGUGUUGUUGACAAGAGCCAAGCGAGGCUUAAUCGUUAUUGGCCAUCGAGACACCCUCAGCACGUCGUAUAUAUGGAAGGGUUGGAUUGAUAGCGUUGUUGAGAAGACUGGAAACGACAUAACUGCGGGCAAGUUUAAAAUAAACGAAGCGAAGAAAGGCGACCAAGUGGAGAAAAAAGAUCAGAGGAAUUUUGAAAAACGCAGACCGUACAAAGAAAAAUCUUUCAAGAGAUGGGAUAAAGAUGAAACAAGACGUAGAAAAAGAUGAGGUGUGCCCAUAUGUUUUUUCAUGCAAUAAACCGUUCUCUUGCAUACGUCCGUGGACACUUAAUAUGCUCCUCAGUAUUUACAAUUUCUGUAAUUUUGACAUUUGUUUAACCUUUCUGGGGGGAAGGGGGGAGGGGGGUUCUUGUGAUAAUUUGAAAGUUUACUACAGUUGACAGGGGAUGUUAAUUAGGAAAGUUGGGGAACAAUCUUUAACCUAUUGCUGGGUGCCUGGUUAACAUAUUUCAGGCUUGUGUGUAUUUUAAAGACCAGAAUAAGAAAAAAUAAGUACAAUUUUAAGUCACUUUAUUAAAAAAAUAAUUGUACUACCGGAAAAUCAAUGUGGAAUGGAAAAUGUUUUUAAUAUAUUAUGGUAUCUCAUUACCACCCUCCCUGCAUAAUAACCUUUUAAAAAAUCACAAGGAAGAUUUCUCCCAUAAAAAAUGACUCAAUUGUCUAACAGCUAUACUUUUAGGACACACCUCAGGCAGUGAUAAAGUUAUUUCUAAUCCAAUGACGUCAUUAUAAUGUUUUCUUUUCCGGAUCAUUUUUAAAUGCCGCAUUGUGCGGAAGUUAAUAACACGAGCAUUAAUAUUUCCCCCAACAAUGGGUCUUCAUAUCGUUAAAAUAAGAAACUUUCUUGGAGAUCAGACGUCAUUUUUGACUAUACAUUAUGUCAAAUAGGGCGGGUUCAAAAGGGAUGAAGAUUUUUAACAGGAAAUUGGGUUGUACAUAAGUUUUUUGAUUCAUUCAUAAUCUAGAGAUAUUUUAUUUCAUCCAUAUCAACAAUAUACACAACAAUAAUAUAUAAAUAAAAACAAACAUUUUAUAAAUGUAAAUGUCACUGACAGCUACAUAUUUUUAUUUCCCAAUUAUUAUCGUAAAUGAUUAAUUAAGCCUGGUUUCACGGAAAAAGUCUAAGUUAUAAUUAUCUUUUCUUUCUAUUCAAAAGAAGCUUUUGCAAAAUUCAAAUUACCCCUUGGCGCCUGAUCGAUCAGGAAAACAUGAGAGCUAAGAUCACUUUGCUGGGUUUUUUUUGUGGAGUAAGCUUUUAUAACUGCGAAUCAGGUUUUUAUUUCAUCACACACGCGACAAUUUACACUUUUACAUUGCAACUCUGUUCUUAACACAUUAUUUUAAGCUGUUUUUUAACAUUUUUAAUAAUUAUAUUUUUAGACACACUAAAUUUUUUCUAUGUGUAUAUUUUAUCACAUUUUUUUAUCCACGUUUAUAAUUUUCAAUUUAAUAGAAUAGUUUUAUCCCAUCACUAACUUCCAUUGAACAAAAUGGAGACGUCUUAAAUGGCGUUUUAAAAAAAACAGUACCAUCAAAAUAUACCAAA